UAAUUGUCUCCAAUUUAGCCCAGCAAAAAGCUUUCCCCCGCCGUUCCCGCGAGACAGCCUGUACGUCGUGUGGCGUGUCCGAUGUGGGAGUGGGACGCCACCUCCCUCGCCGGCGCCCUCAAAUCCGCCGCCACUUGCCGUUCCACUCCCCAUGUCAAACCCCUCCACGCUGUCCUCCUCAAGCUCGGUCUGUCGGCGUCCGCCAUCCUAGCUACCUCACUCGCGCAUCUGGCACUCCGGUGCGGGCUCCCUGGUUACGCCCGUGCUCUGUUCGAUGAAAUGCCCAGACGGGACGUGGUCUCCUGGACGUCCCUCAUCACCGGCCACGCUCACCAGGGUCUGCACGGAGACUCUCUCGCACUUCUGCGGCGCAUGGUGGAAUCUGGUGUUGCUCCCAACGGGUACACACUGUCCGGUGGGUUGCUCGCGUGUGCCGGGGUUGGCCAGGCCGCCCUUGCUACCGGGAAGGAAAUUCAUGCCAGGGUUGUGAAGAUGAGUAUGUACGGCCCGGUCGAUUCGGUUGUGGAGAACGGGGUUCUUGACAUGUACGCGAGGUGCCGGAAUGUUGACUAUGCGAGGAGAGUGUUUGGGGUGAUGGUGGCGAGGGACAUUGUUGCGUGGAACUCGAUGAUGGCCGGGUAUCUCGGGAGUGGGCAAGCUGAGGAGGCUCUGGGCUUGUUUGCGUCAAUGGUUUCUUGUGAGGUUGGCGCAGAUGGCUUCUCGUAUGCCAUAAUUGUGGAUGCGUGUGGGGAGCUGGCGUUGUUAAAACAGGGGAUGCAGGUGCAUGCACGGGUUCUUGGUGCAGGAUUUGAUUCUGAUGUGGUUGUAAGGAAUUCCUUGCUGGAUAUGUAUGCAAAGUGUGGAUGUGUUGAUUCAGCAGAGCUUGUCUUCAAUGGGACACCUUCAUUAGAUGCUGUUUUAUGGACUACGAUGAUCUCAGCUUAUGGCAAGUUUGGUCGUGCACAAGACGCGGUAUGCUUGUUUGAUAGGAUGGCACGAUUGGGCAUCAAAAGAGAUGGAGUAGCAUACCUUGCGGUGUUGUCAGCUUGUAGCCAUGGCGGACUAGUUCGAGAAGGUUGGCACUACUUCAAGUUUCUGUUUGAUGGCCAAAGCUCGGUUAAGUUGCAGCCUGAGCACUACGGUUGUAUGGCAGAUCUAAUUUGCAGGAGAGGUCACCUAGAAGAUGCUCUUGAAUUCAUUGAGAGUAUGCCGUUUGAGUCGAGCAUUGCUGCUUGGAGUGCGCUACUUAAUUCCUGUCGAAUCUAUGGGAAUGCUAAGUUAGGUCAGCUUGCAGCGUCCCGUCUACUCAAGCUUGAUCCAGAGAACCACAGUAACUGGGUUGCUUUAUCAAGUAUACAUGCAUCGGAGGGCGAUUGGCAUGAGACAUGGAUGAUCAGGGAGAACAUGAACAGAGAGUGGGUGAAGAAAGAGCCUGGAUGUAGUUGGGUCGAGUUGCAUGAUGGAGUUCAUGUAUUUCUAAUGGCUGAUCAGUCUCACCCUGAAUUGGUUAAUGUACUGCAGACUCUUGAUUCUUUGAAGGAAGAUAUAUGGGUGAUGCCUUCAAAACCAUGGACAAUUUCUUGUGAUGCUCUUUGAUCAGAGCUAUUUUAAAUCUUGUCGAAUACUGGACAUUGUCCUACUUGGUUGUUUUCCUUAGAACUAGUGCUACUAGAGCUGUCAAAUAGGGUGUGAGAUGAAAAUAUGUCCAUGGAAAUUUGGAAUUGCAGCAAGAGGAUAAGUAAGGUGAUACGCUCCGGUGACUUGCUUAUGUUUUUGUAGAUUGCGCAACAUGCGGCCGUUUUCAUGAUGCUGCUUUCAAUUGACCAUGAAGUAGUUUUUUUUAUAAAUUGAAUCGUCGAUACAGAUGGAUAUAUUGUUCCUUUCAUAAAAAUAGUAAGAUUUCAUCAAUACAAAUAAGUGCUUUUUUUGAUUCUAAAGGUAUUUUGGUGGAUUCUACUUUGGAUUACCCUCCUAUAGCUCUUGUUUCAUUUAUAGAAUUAGAGUACAUGGAUUUUUUUUCAUAUGGACAACUUUUCAUGCAAUUUCACAGGAACUUUUCUAUUGAGCCCAACCUCAUGGAAAAAGGUUUUGUUUCUAUGAUGACUAUGACAAUGACCAAAUCAUUCAAGAAAGUUCAUGUGUUUUUCUUGUGGUUCAACCAAACAACUUCUAUUACACAUUCAUGAGUUUUAACUACUAUAGGGUUCGACACGCCAUGACAUUCAAUUCCUAUGUUUUUCCUAUUCUUGUGUGUUUUCAAAUCCUGCAAAACAAAGAAGCCCUAAAUUUGAUUAAAACGAAAGUUAAUCCUUUGUUACUGCCGUAGAAAAACUUGCAUUGAUGGCCUUAUAGGAUGUGAGAUAAUAAUCCUUAAUUUCAUUGGUCUUAUCUUUUUGUACUUAGGCCCUGUUUGGUUCCAAAUAAGUCACCAACUUAUAAGUCGAAAAGUGUAAAAAGUGACUUAUUUUGCCAAACGGACCUAACUUAUAAGUCACCCCAACUUAUAAGUCAUAAGUUGCUCCACCUCAACUUAAAACUUAUAAGUCGCCCCCUUUUGCAUGAGUCCCACCACCUUUACAUAAAAAACAAGGUGGGAAGGUGUGCUCAGGUGACUUAUAAGUCAGGUGACAACCAAACAGGCAUGACUUAUAAGUCACUGGUUUUAAGUCACCUGACUUAUAAGUCAGGUGACUUAUUGGAACCAAACAGCCCCUUAUUUGUAAGUAUCUGCUUAGUAUGUUGUUCGACUGUAUGGCUAUGGCUGUAUGACUGUAAGGGACUGAUCUCUGUUUUUCCUACUGCCUUUUGUUUUAAGGAAAAUCUAGUCAAGAAGGAGGUGCUUGAACAAGAUUGAAGUGAAGGUCCAAUUUCCAAGAUGGGCCAGGUAUUCUGCCAACUCUUAAGUGUAAGCCCUUCUGCUAAAAAAUGUGUUCAUGUUUCAAUGCAAACACA